AUCUUGGAUGUAAUAUCAUCUCUCUGCAGAUUUUUUUUUGUAGAAAAUAAUCGAAAUUGUUUUUUCUCCCUCGACAAAAUUUACGGAUUUUUCCCGCAAUUAAGGCCCAAAAUAUUUACAAUUUCUAUUUCGCUUCGUUAUUCAAUUCAGCGAUUUACUCAAUAAGCGUAUACAUACUAUUCGAUAAGUCACUGCAACAAAACGCAUAUAAUAUUUUUUAUUUUGUCGUGGAUAAGUAGACUAUGUCUGAGUAUUUAUUAUACAAAAGUUUAACAUAGCUAUGGCUGCGACGCGAAAGUUGCAAGGUGAAAUAGACAGAUGCCUGAAAAAAGUAACAGAAGGAGUUGAUACAUUUGAGGAUAUUUGGCAGAAAGUCCACAAUGCUACGAAUAGUAACCAAAAGGAGAAAUAUGAAGCGGAUCUUAAAAAAGAAAUCAAAAAGUUGCAACGGUUGCGCGAUCAGAUUAAAUCAUGGAUUGCCAGCGCUGAGAUCAAAGAUAAAAGUUCCCUGCUCGAAAAUCGAAGGCUUAUCGAAACGCAAAUGGAACGUUUCAAAGUGGUGGAACGAGAAACAAAAACGAAAGCCUAUUCAAAAGAAGGUCUUGGUGCCGCACAAAAACUGGAUCCUGCUCAACGUGUAAAAGACGAGGUGCGACAGUGGUUAACAACAUCGAUUAGUGCUCUUCAGAUACAAAUCGAGUUGUAUGAAAGUGAGAUGGAAUCUCUAGUAGUGGGCAAGAAGAAGCGACUCGACAAAGACAAACAAGAUCGAAUGGAUGAUUUAAAAACAAAAUUUGAACGACACAAAUUUCACAUAGCAAAACUGGAAACACUGCUUCGUAUGCUUGAUAAUGACAGUGUUGAAGUGGAACAAGUGCGGCGUAUUAAAGACGAUGUGGAGUAUUAUAUUGAAUCAUCACAAGAGCCGGACUUUGAAGAAAAUUCAUACAUGUACGACGACAUCAUCGGCCUGGAUGAGGUAGAAUUGUCCGGUGGCAAUUUACCAUCAACGACUGAUAGCAAUAACAGCAACGAUACAGGCGAUUCACCAAGCAGUCUGAUCUCUGGCUCAAGUCCGGUUGUUUCGCCGACUAAUUUCAAUCACAUCAAUGAAUCAACCUCCGUGGAAUUCAAUGAGAAGAAAGGAAAAAGCGAUAACUUGACCAUUGGAAGUAAAGUAACACCCGUAAAACCGACGGCAGUUCGCGCCAACAAAUCGGAUCUGAACUCCACACUGAAUAGUACGUCGUCGACACAAAGCAAGACUGUGUGUUCAACGCCUAUUAAGAAUCAAUCGCAUAAUAAUUCGCCCGCAACACCCAUUUCAGCACAACUGAAUACAUCUGGAGUGUCAACGACACCGUCAACAAUUUCAAGCGCUAUAGUCACAUCAACGGCUAGUACGGUCAGUAGCGGUGCCUCUUCACAAAAUCAAUCAUCUUCGGCGCGUGAUGAAAACCAUUCUCAUGCAAAUAAACAAACCAUUUUAACACGAGAUCAACAACCUAUACAAAACAGCAUAAUUCCGACAACUGCCUCCGUUGCGUUUGCUGCCGUUGCAAAACACAGUACAUCACAGCACACAACAAACGAAGGUCAACUAUAUUCAGCAUUUGCAUCGACAGCUAUCUCUACGGCAACGAGUCAUACGAAUCAGACUGCCUCGCAUCAAGCAUCGUCUGUGAUAAAUCCAUCACAACAACAGCAAUCGAAUGCCGAAAACGGAGCUGUACGACAAAGCAACAUUCAAAAUAACAAUACAAGCAGUAGCAAUAGUGUAGUUACAUCGCAACACCAGGGUUUGCUGACAUCGGUAACGAGCGGCAACAAUGUCCCUAGUGCACUUGACAGUCAUGCGAUUUUCACUUCCAUUACAAAUAACAACCUAACUACAACAUCAACAACCAUAAACAAUUCGAUUACGAAUUCAGUAUCUCCGACCAAUUCCAUUAUUUCGUCAGCGUUGGGAAAUCUUAAGCAACCGCAAAUUGUUCCGAAUUCAUUGGCCAAUACGGAUUCGAUGUCAACGCUCAAAACGAUUGCCCAAGAAGCAAUCAAUCGCGCAACUGGUCUCGAUAACAACUCAAUAUUAUCAUCAUCGAAUUUGCAAACGAGUACAUCAUUAGCAUCAACGCUUGUGGAUAGCCGUGUGCAGUUAUUUUCCAACGACACAAAUAUGCAAACAAAUGGACCACAUAGUGGGUCCAAUCAUAAUAACAAUGCAAUAAAUGCGAAUAGUUUGCUAAAAACAAAUGUCAUUGGAACCGGUACAAAUGAAGCGCAUAUACCACCGCUGUUAGGUGUUGCACCGCUUGGCCCAUGCCCGCUGAAAAAAGAGCACCAACUACAAUUCCAAAUGAUGGAAGCAGCUGAAUACCAUUUACCGACUCCCAUGGAUUCAGAACGACUUCGGACCUAUCUUCAAAGACAACCAGUUCAAACGCCAGCAAGUUAUCCUCAGAAUCAAUUACCACAUUCGGAUACAUUUGAAUUUUUCCAACGUCUUUCUACGGAAACUCUAUUUUUUAUAUUUUACUACAUGGAAGGAACAAAGGCGCAAUUCUUGGCGGCAAAAGCGUUGAAAAAACAAAGCUGGAGAUUCCAUACAAAGUACAUGAUGUGGUUCCAACGACAUGAGGAACCAAAAAUCAUCAAUGAAGAAUUCGAACAGGGCACUUACAUUUAUUUCGACUACGAAAAAUGGGGCCAACGCAAGAAGGAAGGUUUUACGUUUGAAUAUAAGUACUUAGAAGACAGGGACCUGAAUUGAUCUAUGAUAGUAACAGUAAUUGAUUCUUACCAAAUGCAACGAAUUCCAUCAAUCGUGAGCCAUUUUGGUUAUGCCACAGCAAGAAAAGAACAUAAAUAAAAACGAUAUCUACUAAAAAAAAUGCCGAAAACAUCAAAACAUAAUCCAACCGAUCAAGAGAACGGUUGAAACCAAGAAAACGCAAAAUCAAAUGUAAAUCGAUGCACUUCUCGCAGUGAAAUAUGUCAAUUUCUAUUCGAAUUCUGUACUAUAAUGCAUAAAAAAAUCAGAAUGGCCGAAAAGAAAAAAAAAAACAGGAGAAAAUUUGAAUGAUACCAAAAAAAAAAAA